UCACUUGGCACUAAAAUCCGUAGUCGCGUGGCGCUAGUAACGAGGAAAACAUGACCAUGGUUGCGUUCCGAUUUUUGCUCCUGGCGCUGUCAACCAUAUUUUAUCUCUUUUGCGCUGCAGAGUUUGUAAGUAGCUCUCUCCGUUCUAGAGACUUUUUAGUGCCGCCAGUUAAUUUCGAGACGCAUCCUAUGACGCGCGAGUGUGAAUUGCUCUUCGAUGGUGCUCUGAGACGAUCUUGGAAUCGCGGUUUUGAAACUUCAUCCCUGUGGUUCGCUUACUUCCGGUUUCCGUGACGUGAAGCUAUCUCCUGGCGGGUGGCGGCCGUGAUCGCAACCUCGGGAACCUUGAACAACGUGAAGUGCGAAGCCGAGCCUGAGUUUCUGCGUAUACGCCAGAAGUGUACAUAUAAAUGGCGGCUGACGAAAAAUGGUACUUUACGAAGGAACAAUUAGCAACAACCCCGAGCAGAAGAUGCGGUUUCGACGCAGAUAAAGAGCUAAGUUAUCGUCAGCAGGCAGCAAAUUUUAUACAAGAUAUGGGACAACGGCUUUCUGUAUCGCAGCUAUGCAUAAACACAGCAAUAGUCUACAUGCAUCGGUUCUACGUGUUCCACUCGCUAGCGCAGUUCCACAGGAACGCAAUAGCGGCAGCAGCCCUAUUUUUGGCUGCCAAGGUAGAAGAGCAGCCGCGGAAAUUGGAAGUCGUUAUAAAGGUCGCAUACUUCUGCCUCCACAGGGAGCAGCCUGCGCUGGACACAAAGUCAGAACAAUACCUCGAACAGGCCCAAGAUCUAGUUUUCAAUGAGAACGUGCUGCUCCAAACCCUCGGGUUCAAUGUUGCCAUCGAUCAUCCGCAUACGCAUGUCGUCAGGUGCUGCCAGUUAGUCAAAGCGAGCAAGGACUUGGCGCAGACUUCCUACUUCAUGGCAUCAAACAGUUUGCACCUGACCACAAUGUGUCUUCAGUAUAAGCCGACAGUUGUUGCUUGCUUCUGCAUUCACCUUGCCUGCAAAUGGUCCAAUUGGGAGGUAAAGAUACCGCAAAGCAACGAGGGAAAACAUUGGUUUUGGUACGUUGACAGGUCGGUAACAUCUGAACUGCUUCAGCAGUUGACCGCAGAGUUUCUUCACAUAUUCGACAAAUGCCCAUCGAGGCUCAAAAAGAAAAUCAUGAGCAUAUCUGCAAACCAGAGUCCAAACAUGAGCCAUGCCAGCUUGUCGAAUUCACCUUACGAUCUGGAGGCUCGCAAGAUUCAGUCUCCGGUCUCCGCCUUGGAUGGAGGACCAACUUUCCAGUUAAAUAGAACGCAUCACACGGAGCGUUCGGAUGACAAGAAAAACACUUCAUCUUUGGGAAGACCGCCGGUCGACUACCGCGAGCAUAGAGAGAAGAAGGAACGGGAACGUUUGGAGCGUGAAAAGGCUGCCACGACAGUUCAGGGUCACUCUCAUCAUCACAAACCAGUUCCAUCCGGUGCUCAGAUUAUGGGAAAACACUCUGUGCCCCAGACGGGUCAAAAACCACACGCGCAUCACAAUCACCACCACCUUAAGCCCGCUCCUCAGCUUCCAGCGUCACAGUAUCCCUCAUCCUCGAGGCAUUCCGGAUACAGUCAGACCCAGAGAGAAUCUAGCCGCGAUCCUGCGCGGCAAAGAAUGCCCAGGGAAUAUAAUUCGAGCAGCGGAACAAGCGGAGGGACAGUUUUUACUCAUGGAGGACACAGCGUACCUGUUUCCGAAAAUUCCGGGGGGUCAGCUAUGAUCGAUCCCAUGUUGGGAAGAAACGACCAGGGAAUUACCGGCGAAACCUCCUCGCAGGAUAAACAGGGAAGUAACAACAGCCACGGCGUUCCUCACACGGUUCACUAUUUGACUGACAACAAACACCUUCAGCCUGUCGGCACUGAGAAGCGACAAUACGAUCCAGCGAGACACAAGCCACCUGAUCACAGAAAGGAGGAAUCGCAGAAACUGUACAGCAAAUAUGCCGGGGAAGGUUCCAGAGUCGAUAGACAGAAGAAACAGCCGGAUAUAUUGGAACAGAGGUGCGAAGAGGUGAGGAAGCUGAUUGAAAAACCUCUGCCGUUAUCAUUAACGACUCAGAAAAGCAAAGAGGAGUAUCCCACAAAUAUGAGCACUAAGCAGUCGCACCAUCACGGUAAAGUGCAAGGGAAUCCCGUUGUUGUUUUGAACCAGAUGAAGGGGCAGUCGUUUGGAGGGCGGGAAAAAUCGCCCGGAAACCCGGCGUCGGCAGGCCAACAGAUGCUCAGUAAAUCGAAGCCCAUGCAGGGACAGUAUUCCGGUCAUCACGGCGUUGCUCAGAUCAUGAAGGAGACCGUCCGAAACGGAAACGCUGGAUCACCGGGAUCGACAACAACACCAAUGCCCCUCAGUAUCGACGAUAUUAAAACAGACAAAAAACCAAGGCCUGAGGAAUUGGAACGAAUUCCCGCGGUGUAUUUGUCUACUCAUCAAACACCGCCUGGAUCUAAACAUCGAUCGCUAUUCAGCCCUGAGAAAUCAGUACCGAAUGUAAGAGAGUCGUCGAGUCAUUCGCAGAGGGCGAAACCUAAGCAGAAAACACCACCGUCCGCAGCUAGGACCAUAAAGCAGGAACCGAUUAGUAUGAAGCAAGAACCAAUCGACCUCGUAUCUCCUUUCGCCAGUCCUCCUGGAGCUUUGCAUCAUCCCGGCGAUCAUCCGGCUAUGUCUUUUAAAAGAGGCGUCAACGAACUCGCUGCCACGUCUUCGUCGCACAAGAGACACAGAGCAUCAUCUGUGUGUGAGCCGGAACAACCGCCUAGGGUUAGAGGCGAGGAUGCAGGUGGACUCGACGCCGUGAAAAGUCUUGGAAGAAUCCCAGAACUGAUACAGCCUAUCAGAGAUAACUCUACUCCGUCGAAUGGUAAGAGUGCCUCUGUUGCGAGCGAUUUGAAGCCUCCAGAACUCAUAAAACCCUUCGAACCAGAACCUCAGGGCGCCACUAGUGCUACGAAUACGUCCUCCCUAAUUACCCAAGGCUCUGCUAUGAUUCAGCAGCCACUCUCCAAUGGGUACGAUCCGUCCAGAUUGAUCCGGCAAGACUUUAACGAGAAGCGGGAACCCGAGCACCCGGAAUAUUUGCCACCGCUGAAGUCUGCGAGAAGCAUAAGCGCUCUGCUCCAAGAAAAUACACCGCCGCCGAUACCCUCACUGCUUCAACAGCAAAUGCAGCAGCAGCAAUUACAGCAGCAGCAGCAAAUUGAUGCUCCGUCGAUUGAGAGAGUUUCCGAAGCGCCUGCGGGAGCCUCUGCGACGGUGCAAAGUGCUCAAGUACCCGUAACGCAACCUGUCGCAACAGCAGCAGCAGAAGAGAAGAGGUCUGAGCACCACAAAAGUGAAAAGAAGAAGAAGAAGGAAAAGCACAAACACAAGGACAGGGACAAGGGGAAGGAGGAGCGGAAACACAAGCACAAACACAAAGAUCGCGAAAAGGAGAAACACCACAGGGACAAAGAGAGGAGUGGGGAAGAUCCGUUGACAAAUCCACCCACCUCCGGCUCUACGACUGUACCUAUUAAGAUCACUAUACCGAAAGACAAGAUAAACCUCGGUGGCGGCGGGGAUGCCAGUUUGACGCACACGCCCUCCGAGGGCUCCAGCCUUAAGAUAAAGAUACCGAAAGAGCGUCUUAAGGGGGGGGAAAAUACCGGAGGUGGUGAAGCUCAGGUCCAGGCGCCUCUCAAAAUCAAGAUACGGACGGGACCUGGGAUUGGGAAUAAUAGCAACGAGGGGAGGAAACGCGAACGUGAUUCCGACGCUGCUAGUCCGACAGGCGGCGUGCCGCCGCCCAAGAAACACUCGCAGGCCGUGACGGGCGGCUCGACGAUGAUCCUCGCAGCCGGAAACUAUCAGCAGCAGCCGCGUCAGCAGGGACUCGGCGAAAGGCAGCAAAAUGGCCGGCACUACACGGGGGGAAACACUACCGGAAACAAUAAGGAAAAGCAUUCGUCGUCCUCCUCCUCCUCGUCUUCCUACUACAAGACUUCGAGCAAGUCCUCUACGCAGCACUCGUCCCAUCCGACGUAGUAGCAACGAUUUAUACAAAUGUUUAUAUAGCUAAUUUUCAUCUCUGCCUAUAUUUCUUAUCUUACACACACACACAUUCACACACAAACACGCAUACGCACGUUCUCUCACUUUCUCUCUCUUUCCCUCUCAGAUUCACUGUCAUAAAAGAAGCCGUAGGUGAAAGGAGAAAAAAAGAAAAAAAAAAAGAAAAAAAACCUCUGCAAAUAAAAAGUAAAUCAUAAUAAUAACAAUAACAAGAAUUAAUUAUAUAAAUAAUCAAGUAACAGUAAUAAUAUUAAUAAUAAUGAUAAGGAACGUGCGUUCUUUGUAUUUGUUAUAGGUAAACUAUGUAUUAUAAUAUUAAUAACAAUCCUGUAUUCAUAUGAUUGAUUGGAUCGAAGGUUUAUCAUUGCAAUCAGCAUUGAUGAUUGAGUGGUAGCAAUAGUAGUAAAAGUAACAACAACAACAACAUUUAUAAUAAUCCAUUAAAUAUUAUCAUAAGUUUAAUACGUGUUUUUUAAUUUAUAAACUUUUUUAUAUUGGACUAAAUAAUAAUAAUAAUUAUUAUUAUUAUAGUAAUAAUGACAACAACAAUAACAACAAUAAUUUAAUACAUAUUGUUGAUACGACAAUUGUUGCGUGUACAGAUGUGGCUCCAUAUGAAUAACAAAAUGGAAAAAAUAUGUCAUCAACCAAAGAUGUUAACUGGACAAAGCAUAAGAACAGGAAUGGAGAAAAAGCAAAAGCAAGAAAAUAUAAACAAAAACUACAACACAACAUCUACCUAUCUAUUACCGUAAUAAUAUUCUAUGCAUAUAAACAUAUUCUAUAUAUAUAUGUGUGUGUGUUUAUAUAUUUAGAAAUCUAGUAUUGAAUCUUCAUAUAAUUAAGAAACGAAUAAUAAUAAUAAUGGUUGUUUUGUUGUUAUUAUUAUUAUUAUAAUUAUACUUACUCAGGUAAUAAUAGAGAUACAUCUGUAGGUAGUAGAUUUUGCUAGCGUUUAGAUAACGACUAAUCGAUUUAAAUUUUUUUUUUUUUUUGUCAUUUUCUUCUCUAAUCGUUGCAUCGUGUCGGAAGAGAGAGACUGAGUUCAUUUUCAAUCACUAACAAUAUACCGACGUCAUUGAGGCUAGGUUUCAACGGUUAACUGCAUAUACCUGAAUAUAAGUAAAAUGUAGUCUGACUGCGUACUUUUUUUGUUUGUUUUUUUUCCGCAAUUUUUUUUCGUCACCUAUUCUUCUGCAUCACGGUGACUUUGAUCGCAGGCUGUUUUUUCACGAUUUCUCUAAUCAUUUGUCAAUGUAACAUAAUAAUUAUGGGAACAGAUUAGUGAAACUUUAAUGCUGUUGUUGUUGUUGUUGUUGUUGUUGUUGUUGUUAUUAUUAUUAUCACUCCUACUGUACAAAAUCACGAUUCAUUAUUGGCUUCUGGUCACUGUCGUACGCAAAUAUAUUUCUCGCAUUAAUCGCAUCAUUUGAUUGGCAGAACGAAAGACAAGAAUCUAAAGAUAAACGUCAUUCAAAUAGCCUAUGCAAUCGACAGCAAAAAGAAAAAAAAACAACAAAAAAAAACAAAACAACAAAAUAAAAAAAAACGAGAUUGUUAAUUUGUAAUCUACUAUUAACGCACCAAUUGUCAACUGCCGCCUAAAAGGUGAAUGAAACAUUUCUUUUAUCAAAGAUUCAUACAUAGGCUGGAACUGGAAUUAGUUGGGAACUGUUUUCGAUCACCUUUUGCCUAUUAUUUGUUGCUUUUUCAUUAUAUUGCUUCUUUCUAGUUUACUUCUUCUCUUGUAUCAUACUUUUGACGACCGUCCCUAUCUUGAUAAUCAAUAUCAUACAUAUACAUGGUACGUGGCACAUACACAUGCCUUCUAUCUAUUAUACUUCAAUAAUUUAAACUCCAUCGAUCAUGAUUAUUAUAAUUAUUAUUCUUUAUUUUCUAAACACCCUAUUAUGUAUACGUACAUUAUCGUUGAAGGGGGCGGGAAGGAGAAUAUAUUAAAGUGUAUACAAAAAUCGCAAACUGCGUGUGGCACGUUUGAUUUCACAUAGGAAAAAAAAAAAAAAAAAAAAAAAUAGGUGUCUGUGUAAAAUUUAUUUAUUUUUCUUAAUUGAAUGUAACAGCAAAGAUUUUUUUAUUAUUAUUAUAACAUCUCUUAGAAAAAUGAUGCAUAGUUAUCCAACUUCAGUUAUAUAUAUAUAUGUAUAUGCAUAUCUCACAUAUAUAUAUUAUAUAGUAACAUAUAUUCAAUAGUUUUUGUCGUUGUAUGACAAUGCCUUUAUAUCCUAUAUAGUAAUAUUAUUAUUAUCAUUAUUAUUAUUAUUAUUAUAGUUAGUUUAUUACGUGUACCUAAGCCGUGUCACGAUUGUAGAUAAAAACAUUUACACAACAUAAGUAAGAAUAAUAAUAACAAUAGUAACACCAACAAAAAAUAACGUUACGAUAGCUUAUCCUUGGAAACAGAUUUCCUCAAUGUUAAACUCAAUUAUAUACUUAUCUACAGUUAUUGUAUUAUAAAUAUCACUUACAACAGCCGCCACCACUGCCGCUUAACUUUAAUACUGAGAAAAAUUAUGUAAAACUGCCUAAGAAUAAUUUUACUAAAAAAAAUAUUAGUAGUUCUGCAUUCAUUGAUUAUUGUUUUGGCAUUUGGUGGCAGGCUGGCUGACUCUGGGAAGGUGUGACAGUAUAUUUUUUUUAUUUUUUUUUUUUCUUCCCAUUAACGUUUCAUCAAAACAUCGUUUUCGAAUUGUCACAAGGCUAGCCGGCCAGAUAUACAAUUGUAAAUAUUACUGUCUGGGAAUUCGGCGAAAUCCUUCAACAAAGUGAAACGGUAAUAGUAAAUUAUACUUAUAACAAUGAAUGAAUGAAUUUGUAGAAGUUAGGAUCGACGAUUAGAGAUUUAUAGGAGAAUUUGAAAGAAAAAAGAAAAAAGAGGGGGUGACAAAAGAAAUAAAAACGGCAAAAAAGCUUGAGGUAUGGAGGUACGGUUUAAGAAUUAAUUAUUGUCAAACUUUAAACUCCGAUAUUGUCCGAUAAUAUUGAAAUGAUAAUGUUGUAUAAAUACGUUAGAAUAUUGGAUAUUAAAUAAUUGAAAUAGAAAAUCGUAUAAAUUAUAAACUUAGAUUUAUUAUAACAGUGUUAUGUAAUAGACGUUUAUUCCGUUUCAAUUAAUUCGUCUGUAUACUUUUAUAUUAUUUAACAAUUAUAUUUUCUAUAAUAGUAAUAAGAACGACAACGGUCGCAUUUCAAGAUGAUAAUAUCGAUUAGCCCUUGUUCACAUUUCUUAUUCGCAUCUUGAUGGUUUGAAAUCCUGUGGAUCUUAUCAUACCUGUGGGUGAAGACAAUUUUGCUCUUUCGUUUUUGUUUCAUUCUAUCAACUUACCGUGGAUAAUUAUUUUUGAUCGACAUAGUCUUACUCAACUGCAUUAAAACGAAACAUUGUAAAAGAAUUCGAGUUGUGCAAUAAUUCGAGUCACACUUUAGAUUUCUUUUAAUAUUAUUCGAGCUUCAGCUAAGCAAUUUUUUUAAACUUUCUAAAUUACGGCAAAAAUUAUUUAUAACUUUGUUCCCUUCAAAAUUACAAUAUCUUUUUUUCUCAUGCUUCAAAAUUGCUAUUUCAAACUAUUCAAUUUUUCAAACUAAUCACAAUCACGCUAUAUCGAUUUAAAGAUAACUAAUGAUGUCGUUGUGGAUGCAAUAAACUGUCUUGCGUUGACAAGAAGAAAACGAAAAAAAAUUAAAAAUAAAAAAUAAAUCCGAACGGAAGUAACGUUUUUAUACAUGCAAAAUGAGCAGAGGUUCAAAGAAGAAACUAUUCACGGUCGAUAGUUCUUUCCAUAAGCAGUUAUUGUAAUAGUAUAUGAGAUUACUUUUUUAGAAAAUAAAUAUUUAAUUGUCUUUAUAUGAAUCUACAUAUAUAUAUAUAUAUAUAUAUAUAUAUAUAUAUAUAUAUAUAUAUAUAUAUAUAUAUAUAUGUAUAUGUAUAUAUUAUAUACAUAAACAUGUAUACGUUUUCUUUUCGCAAUCUUUACUACGUAACGUAUACAGAAGCUGGUAGUUUAAAACGAUAAUGCAUACGCGUGCUCUGUAGGGAAUAAUCAGAUGAUAAGAAAAAAAGAAAUGAAGAAAAAACAAUAUAAAAUUAAUCACUCGUUCAGGCACUGUUUUCCGGACGAUGAUCAUCCUUAUUGUAAUACUUUUAUUUUCAGCAAAUUAUUAUUAUUAUUAUUAUUAUUUUGUUUCUUGUAAAUAGAUUUCCACAACCCCUCCCCUUUUACUUGUCUACAUAAAUACAUACAUACAUGCAUACAUAUACAGAUUGAUAAAUACAAAUAUUAUUAAUUAUAUUACUGAUGAAUAUUGAAUACUAUCGUCGCUUAGUAUAACUUAGUAAAAAUAUAACGAGAAAAAAAAAAAAAAACAAAUCAUUAAUCGAUUAAAGUAAUGAUACCGAACUGUAAAUAAAAUUAUUUUGUAUGCCAAAAUA